GGGAAGGGGCGGGGGGCUGCGCGCGGGCUCGCGUGAGGCGGGAGUGGGCGGAGCCGCUGGGGCGUCCGAACCCGCCCGGGGGGCCCUAAAGGUGCGUCUGGAGGCUGCAGCCGGCUGCCUGGGGCCGAGCGAGCCGGCCGAGCCACCUGCCGCGCGGGCUGCUGCUUUCUAUUUACUAGGGACCACAGUAUCCGCCCGGGAGUCCGGGGGCGCGCAGGCGCGCGCGCUCCCUCGCCACUACUGCAUCCCUAAACCGGCAGGGCGAAGCUACUGCGGUUUCCCUUAACCUCAGCACCGUGAGGAGCAAGCAGAGCCAUUGUGCAACAGGGAGAGCCCGGUGCCCGCGCUGCCGCCUCCGGUACAUAACCCAGCAGAUCGCUCACCCUAGCGGAGAUUGGAUGACCAAAUGUAACAUCCAAACUGGAAAAUGAAAAAGAAAAUUGGAUGAAGUACCCUGGGACAAUAGGCAACACUGACCACCCAGAAAGACUGGUCAUCCACAUAAAGAUCUACUGCCUUGGCUGGAAUGCGUGCUGACUUCUCUGCCAACUUCUAAGACCGAGACCCUGAGGAACCCAGCUGGAGAAUGCCGUCUGAACGUUGCCUCAGUAUUCAAGAAAUGCUGACAGGCCAGAGGCUUUGCCACUCUGAAUCUCACAAUGAUAGCGUCCUGGCAGCGCUGAAUCAGCAAAGAAGCGACGGCAUCCUCUGCGACGUCACCCUGAUUGCAGAGGAACAGAAAUUCCAUGCUCACAAGGCAGUCCUAGCAGCAUGCAGUGACUAUUUCCGGGCAAUGUUCAGCCUUUGUAUGGUGGAAAGUGGAGCUGAUGAAGUGAAUUUGCAUGGUGUGACCAGCCUUGGCUUGAAGCAGGCUCUGGAGUUUGCAUACACUGGACAGAUUUUGUUGGAACCAGGUGUGAUCCAGGAUGUGUUGGCAGCUGGAAGUCACCUGCAACUGUUGGAACUUCUCAAUUUGUGUUCCCACUAUCUCAUCCAGGAAUUAAAUAGCUUUAAUUACUUGGAUCUGUACAGACUCGCUGACCUCUUUAACCUCACUUUGCUGGAGAAGGCAGUGAUCGAUUUCUUGGUGAAACAUCUCUCGGAACUCCUGAAGAGCCGGCCAGAAGACGUCCUCAUGCUGCCCUACUGCCUGCUGCAGGAGGUCCUGAAGAGCGACCGUCUGACCUCGCUGAGUGAAGAGCAGAUCUGGCAGCUAGCUGUGAGGUGGUUGGAACACAACUGCCAUUACCAGUACCUGGAUGAGCUCCUGCAGUACAUCCGCUUUGGCCUCAUGGAUGUGGAUACUCUCCAUACAGUGGCCCUGUCCCACCCCCUCGUCCAAGCAAGCGAGACGGCCACAGCUCUUGUCAACGAGGCCCUAGAAUACCACCAGAGCAUCUAUGCACAGCCUGUCUGGCAGACUCGCAGGACCAAACCGCGGUUCCAGUCCGACACCCUGUAUAUCAUCGGUGGGAAAAAGCGUGAGGUGUGUAAAGUCAAGGAGCUCCGGUACUUCAAUCCUGUAGAUCAGGAGAAUGCUCUCAUCGCCGCUAUUGCCAACUGGAGUGAACUGGCUCCCAUGCCUGUGGGAAGAAGCCACCACUGUGUGGCAGUCAUGGGAGACUUCCUGUUUGUAGCCGGAGGGGAAGUUGAGCAUGCCAGCGGCCGGACAUGUGCUGUGAGGACUGCCUGUCGCUUUGACCCCCGCAGUAAUUCCUGGGCAGAGAUAGCACCCAUGAAGAACUGCCGGGAGCAUUUUGUGCUGGGUGCCAUGGAUGAAUACCUCUAUGCGGUUGGAGGCAGAAAUGAACUGCGCCAGGUUCUGCCUACAGUAGAGAGAUACUGCCCCAAGAAGAACAAAUGGACUUUUGUGCAGUCCUUUGACCGAUCCCUCUCAUGUCAUGCUGGAUAUGUGGCUGAUGGUCUCCUUUGGAUAUCAGGUGGAGUAACUAACACGGCACAAUAUCAAAACAGACUAAUGGUAUAUGAACCUAACCAGAAUAAGUGGAUAAGCCGCAGCCCCAUGCUACAACGAAGGGUCUACCAUUCGAUGGCUGCUGUCCAAAGAAAGCUUUAUGUUCUUGGAGGCAAUGACCUAGACUACAAUAAUGAUCGGAUUCUUGUGCGCCAUAUAGAUUCUUACAACAUAGACACUGACCAAUGGACGCGUUGUAAUUUCAACCUGUUGACUGGUCAAAAUGAAUCUGGGGUUGCUGUCCAUAAUGGGAGAAUAUAUUUAGUUGGUGGAUAUUCAAUUUGGACAAAUGAGCCUCUGGCUUGUAUCCAGGUAUUGGACGUGAGUAGAGAAGGCAAAGAAGAAGUAUUCUAUGGGCCUACACUCCCUUUUGCUUCCAAUGGAAUAGCAGCCUGCUUCCUUCCUGCUCCGUAUUUCACAUGCCCUAACCUUCAGACUCUUCAAGUGCCUCAUCACAGAAUUGGCACCAUCUGAAAAGCCAGUGCUCAGUUCAUAACCAUCAUGAACAAAACAUGAGGAAAACAAAGGCUUGUCGUUCAGAUACUGGGCAUGGAAAGACUCAGUGCUCAAUGCUUCCUUGUCUUGUUUCAUAGGUCUUCUGUUCAGAUAAAUAUUAGCAAAAAAUGAACAGUUUUCUAAAAUAUGUUAUUGAGAACUCUUGUCACCCUUCUCAUCAUGUCAACAUACAAUAUGUAUGACUUUUAUUGUCAUGUAGCUUAGUGCCAACUUAACAAUCCAUUGUUGUUUCAUGGGUCUUUAAAGCAUUCUUUGUGACUUUUUCUAAUCAGUGCUGUCCAGGACAUGACGCUAUUAGGCAAUUUAUUUUACACAAUGGCAUCCAUGAUCUUUAAAAGAAAACUUUUGUAGUUCACUAUUUAAAUGUGGACUUGUAAUUUGUCUUUUAAAAUUCAACAUUAUGCAGCCUGCUCAGUUGAGACUCAACAUUAUUACACCAUAAAUUUUUAAGUGCCAUAUUUUAUUCAAGGUGAUAUGAAAAAUAGAAAUACAAUGUAAUAGCAGUUGGAAUACCCAGAUUUUACACUUGGGUUACUCUGACCUAAGGUCAGGUCAGAACCUUAACUUUACAGUACUUCAGCUUUCCCACCUUUUAAGGAGAGAAAUUAUUGAUUUCCAUAUUAAUUCACAUGAAAAUUAGAUAACGACUUUUAAGUUCUUCACCUAAGAGAAAAGGUUACUCAAAUCACAAGGUAUUUUACUGUCUUAACAACUUUGUAAAUGAACCAGCAGAUUAUUUUUGAAGUUUAAAGAUUACCAGGUAGAACUUGGACAGCAAGCUAUGGGAUAAAUGAUUCUGAAAAAAACUGCUGAAAGAGACAGACUAAUUAGUAAAAAGGGAGUUUACCAACACCAAAGAUAUCUAACCUUGCACAAAUCCUUUCCUCAAAUAAUAACUCUCUUAAAUGUCUCAUUUAAAAUCAUUUAAUGAAAAAAAAAUGACCUUUUACAGCAUAAAAACCUUAGUUGUACUAAUUAAGGUACCCUAAAGUGCUUUGACAUAAGUUUGAACCUAGAAUUGGCAGGUCUAAUAAAAGUUUUUCCUCUUUGUUAAAGGUUAUGUCAAUCUUGAGUGCUUGUGGGAUUCUUCACCACGACCAAUACAUAUUUUAUUACCAACACUUUUAAUAAUGCAUAAGAUUUCUUUUUUAGGCUAGGUUUUUGGGUUUGCUUUGUCUAGAACAAAAAAAUAAACAAGUUAAUAAUCAUAUUUGAACAUGAAUUCAACAAGUCUUGAGUUUUCUGUUUUCAUAAUCAUGUCAGGACUUAAGAUCAUCUUUAUUAAGGCUUUACUUUGGCAGUUUAAUCAUUCAGCAAUCCUCCUCUUACAGGAAACUUAUUUCAUACAUGUAGCCAUUUUUAGUAAAAAAAAAAAAAGGAUGAAAAAAAUCUUUACCAUAAAUAAUUCACAAGCUUUAUAUAUACAUCAUUGUAGGAAGCCUAAAGCAUUAUUUUUAAAAUAUAUAUGAUUCAGGUCAUUCAGAUUAAAGGACACAGGGGAGACUGAGGAUUAGGGAAAAAGGUGAUUUAAAAAAACGGGUAGCCAUGUGGUGCAGCAAUGAAGUUGCCACUUAUGAUGCCUGCAUUCCAUACUGGAGUGUUUCGUUUGAGGUCCAUUGACUCCAGUUCUGAUCUAGCUCCCUGCUAAUUCACAUGUUGGAAGGAAACAGAUGAUGGUUCAAGUACUUGGGUCCUUGACACUACAGGCUCCUGGCUUGACUGGCCCAGCCUCAGCUGCUGCAGGCAUUUGGAGGGUGAACCAGCAGAUGUUUUCCACUGUAUCAAGAACAUGAAUUUAUUUUAGGCAAACAAAAAUUGUUUAUGGACAGUCCUGAACAGUGAAAACUGAUGCCGACAAUUUAUAUUUAGAGGUUAUAUUUAGAAAGGCAUAAGCCAUGUAAACUAAAUUUUAAAAGUUAGGAGAGGAGCCAGCGCUGUAGCUUAGCAGGUAAAGCCUCUGCCUGCAGUGCCGGCAUCCCAUAUGGGCACUGGUUCUAGUCCCAGCUGCUCUUCCAAUCGUGCUCUUUGCUGUGGCCUAGGAAAGCAAUAGAAGAUGGCCCAAGUGCUUGUACCCACAUGAUAGACCCAGAAGAAGCUCCUGGUUCCUGGCUUUGGAUCGGUGCAGCUCCGGCCCUUGUGGCCAUCUGGGAAGUGAACUAGUAGAUGGAAGACUUCUCUCCUUGCCUCUGCCUCUGCCUGUCUGUAACUCUGCCUUUCAAAUAAAUAAAUCUUAAAAAAAAAAAAAAAAAAAGGGCCGGCACCGCUGCGCACUAGCCUAAUCCUCCGCCUGCUGUGCCGGCACCCCAGGUUCUAGUCCGGUUGGGGCACCAGAUUCUGUCCCGGUCACUUCUCUUCCUGUCCAGCUCUCUUCUGUGGCCCGGGAGUGCAGUGAAGGAUGGCCCAAGUGCUUGGGCCCUGCACCCCAUGGGAGACCAGGAGGAAGCACCUGGCUCCUGGCUUCAGAUCAGCGCAGUGCACCAGCCGCAGCGGCCAUUAGGGGGUGAACCAACAGCAAAGGAGACCUUUCUCUCUGUCUGUCUCUCUCACUGUCCACUCUGCCUGUCAAAAAAAAAAAAAAUAAAUAAAUAAAAAGACACAUGAAUAAGAGAACAUACAUCAUAAAAAAGUGAAGGGAUUCUGGGAUUCCACUCCAGAAUUUCCGGUAUCCUUUUUUUUUUUCUUUUUUAAGAUUUAUUUAUUUGAAAGAGUUACGCAGAGAGAGAAGGAGAGGCAGAGAGAGAAGUCUUCCAUAUACUGGUUCACUCCUCAGAAGGCCUCAAAGGCCGGAGCUGCAAUGAUCCGAAGCCAGGAGCCAGGAGCUUCUUCCAGGCCUCCCAUGUGGGUGCAGGGGCCCAAGAACUUGGGCCAUCUUCUACUGCUUUCCCAGGCCAUAGCAGAGUUGGAUUGGAAGUGGAGCAGCCAGGACUCAAACUGGCGCCCAUUUAGGAUACCAGCACUGUAGGCGGCAGCUUUACCCACUAGGUAUGCCACAGCACCGGCCUCCAAGUAUCUUUUCAACAAGAGCAAAGCAAAUAGUAUUUUGUUUACUAAAAUUUCUGCUUGGCACAUGAAUUAUCUCUUCCAGCAGUUUUACCUUCUAACACCACUAAAAUCUAUUUGUAUUCUGAGAUACUGCAUUAAAUUAAUGAAAGGGAAACAGUCUAAAAUAAGGUUGCCUCACUUGAUAAUGGAAAGGCAGCCUUAGACUACACUUGAUUAUUUCUGUGUUAAUUUCUAACUAAUCACGUAAAUCAGAAUGUAUUAUAAAACCCCUCUUUGGUGAUCUUUAUCAUGUAUUACUAAUAUCACAGAAUUGAAUUCAGGAUUUUAAAAAGCUCUGGAUAGAACUCAGACACAUUCUGUAUACUACAGCCAAAGAGUAGCAUCAAAAGUGCAUCUUUUCAGAGAAAAGAAAAAACCCAGAUCACUUACAAUUAGAUCCUUUUCUUCAAAAUUGUAAGAAACAAAAAUCCUAUUAAAUUAUGUUUGGUCACAUAAGCCAACUUCUGUUGAAACUACUCAGAUAUACAUUUUCUAUUUAAGUGAAUAAUCCUGUCAUAAAUCUGUUUAAAAAGAUUAUUUAUUUGAAAAAAUUAGGGAGAGGGAGGGACAGAGAUCUUCCAUCUGCUGGUUCACUCCCCAAAUGGAUGCAAUGGCCAGGGCUGGGCCAGGCCAAAGCCAGGAGCCAGGAGCUUCAUCCAGGUCUCUCAUGUGGGUGCGGGGAUGAGCCAUCUGCUGCUGCUUUCCCAGGCAUAUUAGCAGGGAGCUUCAUUAGAAGUGGAGCAGCCAGGACCAGAACCGGCACCCAUAUUGCCUGAUGGUGCUGCAGACAGUGGCUUAACCAGCUGUGCCGCAGUGCUGGCUCUGAACCUGUAGUAAAUUUAAACAUUUACUUACUUUCAUUUCACUUGAAAGGCAGAGGGACAAACAGUGAUCGUUCAUUUACUGACUCCCCAAAUGCCUGCAACAGCCAGGGCAGGGCCAGGCCAAAGCCAGGAGCCCUAGAUCUGGCAGUCCAGAUCUCUCCUGUGGUUGGCAGGGAUCCAAGUACUGGAGCCAUCAACUGCUGCCUCCCAGGAUGCACAUUAACAGGAGGUUGGAUCAGAAGGGGAAUAGCUGGGACGCAACGCAUGUGCUGUGGUACAGGAAGUAGGUAGCCUGCCCUGUUCUACAAUGAUUUAUCAUCCAUUCUCAUUCUUCCAAAGUAAAGGCCAUAUUUAAAUUUGUAUGGGAGGCAGGCCGGCGCCACGGCUCACUAGGCUAAUCCUCCGCCUUGCAGCGCUGGCACACCAGGUUCUAGUCCCAGUCAGGGCGCUGGAUUCUGUCCUAGUUGCCCCUCUUCCAGGCCAGCUCUCUGCUGUGGCCUGGGAGUGCAGUGGAGGAUGGCCCAAGUGCUUGGGUCCUGCACCCCAUGGGAGACCAGGAGGAAGCACCUGGCUCCUGUGUUCGGAUCAGCGCGGUGCGCAGGCCGCAGUGCGCCGGCCGUGGUGGCCAUUGGAGGGUGAACCAAUGGCAAAGGAAGACCUUUCUCUCUCUCUCUCUCACUCACUGUCCACUCUGUCUGUCAAAAACAAACAAAAAAAAAACAAAAACAAAAAAAAUUUGUAUGGGAGGCAGGUGAUGGUUGAAAUAGUUAGGUCCCUGUUACCCACACGGGUGUCCUGGAUUUAGUUCCUGGCUCCUGACUUCAGCCUCCCCAGCCCAGCUGUUUGGGCAUUUGGGGAGUGCCCUAAUAGAUGGGAGAACUCUGUCAGUAUCUUAGUGUUUCAAAUGUAAUAAAAUAUUUAAAAAUGUUUAUUUUUAUAGUUAAUAACAAAAUGCCAGUUAGGUUAAGACUAGGAUAAUUUUCACAUUUUCUUCACAUUUUCCUCAUACCUUAACUAUUACCCUUCAGCAACUGCAAUAGCAGAAAACCUAAAAUGGAACUGUUUUACUGCAAAUAUAAAGGCAACAGGAAUAAGAUAGAAAUUAUUCCUCCCGGUAACAUGCCUUAUUUUUGUUUUUCAAGUAGUAAAUCUGUUAUAAAAGGGAAGCUUAGUAAUCAUGGGCACAAUGUAAGCUGAAUUUAUACAUUCUUGUUACAUAUACAUCUUUAAUCUUUAGUAUAUGUACAAAUAACUUACAAACAUGCAUAUAAAGUGAGAAUAUUCGAUUUUUUUAAAAAGAUUUAUUAAUUAAUUUGAAAGAGUUACAGAGAGGGGAGGCAGAAGAGAGAAUCCGCUGGUUCAUUCCCCAGAAGGCUGCAACUGCCAGAGCUGCACCAAUUCGAAGCCAGAAACCAGGUCUCUCACUUGGGUGCAGGGGCCCAAGGACUUGGGCCAUCUUCUUCUGCUUUCCCAGACCGUAGCAGAGAGCUAGAUCGGAAGUGGAGCAGCCAGGGACUCGAACCAGCACCCAGAUAGGAUGCCAGCAUUGCAGGCGGCAGCUUUACCCGCUACACCACAGCGCUGGCCCCCAGAUUUUUUCUAAAAGCACAGAUCACAAAUACAAUAAAUUGGAUAACUAUCAGCACAACAUGAAAGUAGAAAUUCCAGUCACUGGUAUUGACUUUGGCUACCUUACUACUUAGAUUAGCACAAGAGUCAGAGUACAAACUUCAUGUCCCAUUAAAUAUAUGAAAGAAUAUGCUAUGUUGCUAGCCUCCCAAACCAACUGUUUUAAUCAAAUAAAGCACGUUAUUUAUAUUGGCAUAAUAUACUCUUGCCUGACAAGGCAAUAUUUUUAACCCUGAGAUGGGUAAGCAUGAAAUCAAUUUUUGGAAAAAAGCAAUGGUUUAUAAAACUUUUGGUGAGGAUUCUAUAUAUUUUAUCUUUGAAAUAUGAAUGCUGAUAAUGCAGGACUUAGGGAAAGCGGAUUUCCUAAAGACUCUCCCCAGCUGCAUAGCUUCUCCAAGUUUUAUAUAACAUGUCUUGUGAAAGGACAAGGAUAGAAAUGGGCCCAUGCAAUUGUUUAAGAUCAAGUAUCUUUUAAAAUGUGUGACUCAGCAUGGCAGAUGAUGAUGAGUAAUGAAAACCAACAAAUAGUCUAAGGUUCACAAUCAUUUUCUUAAAUAGAUACUGAGACAGAUGAAGUCUAAUAUGUCUAACAGAAGAAAACAUACACGGGAUAGGGAAAGAUAUGAGUUUUAAAGUAUGAAAUUUUCCUAAUGCAAAUGAAUUCAGUACUGAAUGAUUUUUGCAGAGACAAUCCUUUUUUUCCCUACAGUAUGGACACUUUCAAAUUAAAUGUUAAAUUGAAACUUAUAACCAAAUCUGAAUGUCUAAUAAAGUCCUUCCAUCACUUU